AAUUCAGCUAAAAGCAAACCUUGAUCCGCUGUACUCCAGAGAAAGGUGUCCAUGGGAUCACAUCACUGUCGUUGCAGCCAGCUCCUGUUCUUCUGCUACUUUGCCUCUCAGGUCUCUUCCCUUCCUGAUCUACACCCCAGUAGCCUAUUCUUCCUGGCAGGAUUCUUAUAUUUUGGUUUCCGUAAUACAGAUUCUGCUUAUUCUCUGCCUUUGCCCUUCCUGGGGGAGAAUGUCUGCCUUCCUUGAUUCACACCCCUGGAGGUGAUGGGACUGUAGCAUGAGUUUGUCCCGUGCUGUGUCAUGCGGCCCUGUAACCGGGUUGUAAUGGGAUGUCUCUGUCCCCCUGCAGCCUGGGAAGCUGUUUCCCCUGCUAUGAUGCCAGGGCAGAUCCCCGACCCGUCGCUGACGGCUGGUGCGCUGCCUGGCCUCGGGCCCUUGACAGGCCUGCCUGGCACAGCCCUGACCGCCGAGGAGCUCAAGUGCGCUGACAUCCGCAACAUCGGCGCCAUGAUCUCGCCGCUCCAGUUCCUGGAGGUGAAGCUUGGGAAGAGACCCCAGCCUGUCAAAAGUGAGCUGGAUGAGGAAGAAGAGAGGAGGAAAAGGCGCCGGGAGAAAAACAAAGUAGCGGCAGCACGAUGUCGUAACAAGAAGAAGGAGAGGACGGAGUUCCUGCAGCGGGAGUCUGAGCGUCUAGAGCUCAUGAAUGCUGAGCUGAAGGCCCAGAUAGAAGAGCUGAAACAGGAGAGGCAGCAGCUCAUCCUGAUGCUGAACCGGCACCGUCCCACCUGCAUCGUGCGGACAGACAGCAUCAAGACGCCUGAGAGCGAAGCCAACCCACUGCUGGAGCAGCUGGAGAAGAAGUGAAAGUGGCACAGGGCCAGGAGGAGGAGACAGUGGCACAGGGUCUUCCAGGGUCUCUAAUGUAUGUACUGUAUGAAGAACUGUGCACCCAGGCCUGGUGCAGCCAGGACCCAGUGGGCUUCCUUGGGAACUAUGGACCAAACAUGGGAACAGAGAAGAUCAGGAACCUGCCAACCAUGUACUCUGAGGCUGAACCUGGGAGCAGGGCUGGCGGUGCCAAUGCGGGCAGCCUCCCUGUGAUACGUCAGCACGCCCUUCAGCCUGCUCUCAGCCCUGGGGCCCACAAAGCCACAGCGUGUCCUGCGAGGAGCACGCAGCCUGUGGGUAGCAGGGGCCGCAGGCUGAGGAGUGGCAGCUGGGCAGUGCCCACCAGCACCCUGCCCAAAGGCUGCUGCUGCUCCUGGCACAUGCUCCAGAGGGAAACCCAUACCCAAGAACCACAAACACUUGAUGCAGCCCCGUCUGGUGGGCAGGCCUGUCGGGGCUUGGUGGCGCAGGCGCCCCCCACAAGCACACUCAGUAUAAUGUUUACAGCCCAGCUGUCCGUGUCGGCCGUGCUUUUGAAUGCACAUUUUUACACUUUUUUAAAGUAUUUUUUACAAAGUUUUUAUACAGUGAUCUCUAUAUGGAUUUAUAUAAUCACUAGAUGUGAUCCCAUAGAAAUGUAUGUUAUAAUGGUCUGUUUGUUACAAACACAUAUGCCACAGUUAUCUCCAUUGUGUUACUUGUCUGGUAGCAUCCAGCUCCUUUCCUGGCAUGCUGGGAAGGGGGUCCAAGCUGCCCUCUGCAGUGGUGUCGCUACCCUCUCCAUCCGUGUAUGUCCUUCAUAAUACUCAGUUCUGUAUCUCUCAGUAAAUGUUACCUUUGCGUAUGCUGUCCUCCUGUAGCUCUGUUUGGGUCAGCACUCUGGCAGCAUCUGCCAGGGCAGAACAGGCCAGUGUGUUCCUGGCUGAGUGGCACGAUGGAGCAGAUCCCAGAGCUGUUUUGAUGAUUGUGUUAGCAGCUGUGGGCCAGGAGAAUUCACCCUAGAAAGCUGGGAACCUUGGAGGCAGCUCUGACUAUAUUGUCAAGCAAAAAGUAGCUCAGUGCUGCACCAAAGAGGAUAGGUAGGCAUGGCUUGCCACUUGGAAAGGUGGAGGGGAGACCAUGUCAUCCUUAACUGGUCCUUUGUGUUUCAGUCCCAAAUACAGAAGUUUGAACUCAUUUCAGGGAUGAGAAAGAGACAAGGGAGCUGUCACGAUGUCCUUGUGCUGGUGAUCCCUUUACAUGCCUUUGUGCUUCCUUCUGCCCGGACUGUGGAGUUCAUGGCUCAGAUCUGACCCAUUCCUCAGCUGCUGUCAGGAGCCAAUCUUCAUUCUUUGAAAAACGUGAUAAGCUCUGCUGAAAAGAUGCAGAGCAUGUGCUAGGCCUCCUUGUCUUUUCAUUUCCCUCUGCAAAGUGUAUAUGGUAAUAAUUCCCUCUUUGGUGGUCAGUGGGAGCUCCCUGUGGAUACCAGAUGAUCCCGCCAUCUUGUCCACAGGCACCUUGUACUUUUUGCUCACCUGGACAGCCUGUGUGCUCAUCUCCAUUCAGGAGGCCUCCCUCUCACCUGCUACACAGCCUCCAGCAGCACUGGCAGUGCUGUGGGUGCAAGUGAUGGCCUUUCUCUGGUGAAUAGCCCAUUGCAGUAAAAAUUUCUUCUAUGAAAACAGCUGGCUUGGAAGAGAAAAAAAAGGUUCCCUUUGAAACCCAGCAUGCUAGAAGCAGCUAGCAAAGAGAGCAGCAGAAGAGUGAUGUAUCUACAUCAGUUUAAUGCUCAGCUAUUCCAGCCAAGGCUUGGGCAGGAGCUGAAUCCUAGCAAGACCCAGGGGUUGGAAUGAGAUUAUCUGUAAGGUCCUUCCUAACCCAAUCCACUCCCUGAUUCUGUCACGUGAACAACCUUCUGCUGUAUUUCAGUCAGUACCAAGGCAUUUGACACUCAAAGUUUAGGGCAUGUCUUUUUCAGUGAUUUGUUUGGGCUGUAAAACAAUAAAGUUAAA